GCCAUCUUGAAUCCAGGCAAUGCGUUGAAUGAGGAGGAUACUGUUGGAAACAAGUGUUGUUGCCAUUGCUGUUCAAGGAGACUCGCGACAGGACAGCAGCAAGUUGGCAGCGAGGUGAUGUUGAACGUCUAAACGAAUCUGUACUAGCCGUCAACUGUUUUUUGAGGCCAUUGUCGCUGUCCUUUCUAUCCCGCCUUAGAGUAACAUUAACGUCAAAUUAGGAAAAGACUGUUUCGGACGUGAUAACCGGACCGAGACCUGCCAAGCUGGAUGGGUAACGACAGCUAGCUCCCUGGCUAACUACCUUCCGUUAGUCUGCUAUAACUAUCACUACGUCGAGUCAGACAGUGCUCCUGUCAGAAAGGCAAAUUCAGCUGUCAGGAGAGAAACGCUCUGGAAUUCAUAAUAGGGGAUCAUUCAGCUAUCCUCUGAUUUGCUCGGACCGUUCUGUACGCAUUGCUUUCAGGUCCACUUAAUGUUGCACAUUUUGCAGAGUUAUAAGUGAAAGGCUUUAACGAAAUGGACUGAAGCGGAACGAAUGAAUUAUUUGAGAUAAGUAUUUAGUUAACCAGUUAACCACAUUGUGGUCUAUGCGUUGUCAUAUCCUCAUUCAUUGGGAAACGAGUUAUGGAGUUGCCUGUCAAGAUAAAGAAGUUCAAUAUGCAUGUGGGAACCUCGGACUGAGUGACUCGUGUUUGACGUUCUUCAGUCAUCGUAUUUUUCCAACUGGGAAUAACUGCUCAUCUGACCUUUUGAAAUUAAUUGGACUACUGGACUACAGUUUGUUACGCAGGACAGAAGCAAAAUACAGAGCGAUCUUACUGUUUUAUUCCCACAUCACUAGCAAUGGUUUGGACCCAGGUAAACGGACGGACAUGCAGUCGUCGGUUCGCUCGUAGCUAGCGUGCGUCUACGCGCAAUAGAAGGCUGCAGUAAAGCGGACAGUAGCAUCGUUGUAUAAGGAUAUGUAAUUGAAAAGGCCUAUGCAAUACCAACAUAUACCUUCAUUGCUGAUAAUCUCUCUUUGGAUACCGACAAGAGCUUGUACUUUUCACUGUAUUUCUUUUUCACGAUAGCCACGGUCCGCAGUGACAUGGUUGUCCCAUACAGUACUGUAAACAUUGUAUCGUCGAGAGGGCCUGUUUCGAUACCAUCUACAAUUUGGCACGCGCCUUAUGGCCAUUAUUAGGCAAUAUUGGCCUUGGUCUAAAUAACAGAUCACUAGAGGAGCUGGGUAUUUCAACAUUUUUUUGAAAUACUAAUCUAUGUACAGCGACGCCGACUGAAAAUAUUUUUCUUCAGAGCAAGGACAGGAGGAUCAACCUGACGUGACUGUAAGGAUUUUAUCUGAGGGGUCGACCGGGGAGCAAAAAUGGGAGCAGCUACGAAAUUGGCAUUUGCCGUUUUUCUCAUCUCCUGUUCCUCAGGUGCCAUCCUGGGCCGCACGGAGACGCAGGAGUGUGUGUUCUACAACAUGAGCUGGGAAAAGGAGCGGACCAACCGCAGCGGCAUCGAGCCCUGCUACGGGGAGAAGGACAAGCGGCGGCACUGCUUCGCCACCUGGAAGAACAGCUCGGGCACCGUGGAGGUCCUCAAGCAGGGAUGCUGGCUGGACGACGUCAACUGCUACGACAGCAAUGAGUGUGUGGAGAGGAAGGAGUCGCCGGAUGUGUUCUUCUGCUGCUGCGAGGGGAACAUGUGUAACGAGCGCUUCAUGCACAGUCCAGACCCACAGGCUGUGCAGGGCAAGUCAACUACACACAGCCAGAGAACAGCGACGUCCAACCCGUACCCCCAGAAUCCCCAGCUGUUCAACACGCUGCUCUACUCGCUGGUGCCCAUCAUGGGCAUCGCUGCCAUCGUGCUCUUCUCCUUCUGGAUGUACCGCCACCACAAGCUGGCAUACCCACCUGUCCUCGUGCCAACCCAGCACGCCUUUCAUAUAAUGAUAGAGGACUCAGGGCCCACCCCCCCCUCCCCUCUGCUGGGGCAGAAGCCACUGCAGUUGCUGGAGGUCAAAGCCAGGGGGCGCUUUGGCUGUGUGUGGAAGGCCCAGCUGCUCAACGAAUACGUGGCCGUGAAAAUCUUCCCCCUACAGAAUAAGCAGUCGUGGCAGAACGAAUAUGACAUCUACAGCCUGAGCGGCAUGAAGCAUGAGAACAUUCUACACUUCAUCGGCGCCGAGAAGAGAGGCAGCCACCUGGACGUGGAGCUGUGGCUCAUCACAACCUACCACGAGAGGGGCUCGCUGACUGAUUACCUGAAGGCCAACGUGGUGUCCUGGAACGAGCUGUGUCACAUUGCCCAGACCUUGGCCCGCGGUGUUGCUUACCUCCACGAGGACAUCCCCGGCCUGAAGGACGGCCACAAGCCCGCCGUCGCUCACAGGGACAUCAAGAGUAAGAAUGUGCUCCUGAAGACCAACCUGACGGCCUGCGUGGCUGACCUGGGCCUGGCGCUGAAGUUUGAAGCAGGCAAAUCAGCAGGGGAGACCCACGGACAGGUGGGCACGCGCCGCUACAUGGCGCCUGAGGUGCUGGAGGGGGCCAUUAACUUCCAGCGGGACGCGUUUCUGCGCAUCGACAUGUACGCUGUGGGCCUGGUGCUGUGGGAGCUAGCAGCACGCUGCACUGCUGCAGACGGGCCUGUGGAUGAGUACAUGUUGCCGUUUGAAGAAGAGGUGGGACAGCAUCCAUCUCUAGAAGACAUGCAGGAUGUGGUGGUCCACAAGAAACUCAGACCCACACUCCGGGAGUGCUGGCAGAAGCAUGCAGGUCUGGCCAUGCUGUGUGAGACCAUCGAGGAGUGCUGGGACCACGAGGCGGAGGCGCUGUCGGCGGGCUGUGUGGAGGAGCGCGUCAUUCAGAUGCAGCGGCAGACCAGCCUCAUCGCGCCCGAGGAGAUCACCGUCGUCACCAUGGUCACCAACACAGACUUCCCGCCCAAAGAGUCCAGCCUAUGAUGGCUGUUCGCAACGUGAAAGGGGGCAGGGUAGGAACAGAUGAAGAAUGAGUGGAACUGACCAAUCAGACACCGACACCAUCUUCACCUCCACUUCCUGAUUCACCCUUAGCAGAGAGAUGACGUUUCUCUGACCUCCGAGACUGGCAGCUGAGGCAGCAGCGAUGGUGUUGAGUUUUUGUUUUGUGAAGCGUGAGGUGGAGUGGGAUUUCACCUGUCCUGCCCUGCCUCCCCCCUCCAACCUCUUCACAUUCAGGAAAAUCUACACCCACUCAAGGGGGCGCCCUCGUACCACCACCACCACCUCGUUUCAAUAAUAAAAACCUCUCAUCACCGUUCAUGUGUGCCUGAAGAGUACAGACAGGACUCCAGGGCAAAAUAAUUGCCCCAACAGCAGGGGUAAAAGAACCCUGAGCUCAUGGGGCAAAUCACCAUUGAAACAAGAGGAUAUGUGGAUUAUGUGGUGGCUAGAAACAGCCCUCGGGGGCAGGUGUUGUGUUAAGAUUUUAUUUUUUAUAAGUAUAUAAAUACAUCGAAAUAUGACAUCAGAAGGAAGGGACUUCUCCAUUGAAUAUACUCCUGGUC